CCAGCCUGUCCUGAAAACAAUAGAAGCAGCUCAGACGGUCGCAUUUCAGUCCGUUGUCACUGACGGAACAGAGUUCGGGUCCGAACCGAGAAGAGACUAUCCAGGACGAAACGUCCGGAGGAGCGGUGCUGAAAUCCGGGCGUCAUGCUUUCUUUAAGCAGCUGGCACGGUGUUAGCAGCUAACGGCUCUGAGGGUGAUCAGCUGUUGAUGCUUCAGCGACACCUGACCCACUGUGACUGAAGGCCAUUAGCAAGACAAAGGUCGCCUCCUCCAUGGAUACAGCAGCGGGACCAGCGUCUCUGUAAGGACCCAGAACCACGUCCACACCGAAUUCGGUUGCGAGCCGUUAUUGAUGAUGGCGGAUUUUGUCACGCCGCGGCACAGCGCGGUGAUGGAGCGGCUGCGGCGGAGGAUCGAGCUCUUCAAGCAACAUCACAACAGCUGCGAGAGCCGGUACGAGAACGCGGCGCUGGAGCGCCUGGAGCUAGAGAGGCAGCAGACCUUCGCUUUGCAUCAGCGCUGUCUGCAGGCCAAAGCCAAGCGCUCCAACAAGCACCGACAGCCCCAGUCCAGCGGAGAACAGACCGGCCCGAGAGCGCCGGGCGGCGGCAGCGGCGGCGCUGAGCCCGGAGAGAGCGGCAGUGUGGCGGCGGAGCAGAGCCGCAACAGCACGCUGAUCGCGUUGCAGGAGACGGUGAAAAGGAAGUUGGAAAGUGCUGGUUCCCCACUUGACAGAGAUCAAGUCAAUGGUUUCAGUGAUGGCUUCCCUCCAAACCAGAAGGUCUGUCUGGACAAUGGUGCAACCAAUGGCUCCCCACUUGAUUCGAAGCUCGGGGUUAGUGACGCUGUCGCAUCUAACGGGACUCACGGGCCAGCAGGAGAGUCAGCAGAUGGUGGAGAACAGGUUCCAGAGUUCCGCCUGAAGGAGAUGAAGCAGGAGCCAGAUGAUAUCUUGCCCUGCAUGCUGCCCUCAGGAGGUGGCAACAGUAAUAGCUUGUUCCCUGACCUCAACCUGAAUGAGCAGGAGUGGACAGAGUUGAUGGAGGAAUUAAAUCGCUCUGUGGCCUAUGAGGAUAUACAGGACAUUCUCAAUGAUGGCUUUGAAGACCGAAAAGAUCCCACUGAUCUGACACCGAGUUCUGGUGGUGCUGGCACAGUGGGAGGUGCAGCAGGAGGUGGGGGAAGCCAGUCCUCCCAGGGUCUGUUGCCUCCAGAUUUGGCCAGUGUCAAGACGGAGUUCUCUCCAGCUUCAGUGACAUUUGAGCAAGACUCUCACACUGGAUCUCCCCAUGUCAGGCCAACUUCUUCUGGGCCUCCCCCACACCCCACUAGUUCUCCCCUUGCCAUUGCCUCUGUCUCUUCUGCCCUACCACCUUCCCAACCUGGUCCAACCCCCAGGCAACUCCAACCCCCUCCCAACCAUCUUCUACCUCCAGGACCCCCUGUGUCAAAAGAUCUCUCCCCAGCCCAGCAGCUGCAGCAGCUGGCUGCCCAGCAGCAGAGGGCUCAGCACCUCCAUAGCCAUCUUCAUCACAAACAGCAGCAGCCAGGGGCCAAGUUUCAUGGUCAAGGGCCUCAUACUCACCCCCCUCCUUGGACCCCAUCUACCAACCCUUCCCAGGGUCCACUGGGUGGUGCUUUUGGUAUAGACAAGCCCACAAGCCCAUCUCUGUACCCACAGGACUUCAACCCUAAUGCCUCGAAACAGUUGCUAAUGUCUAACCAGCCCAGCAAGGGCUCACCAAAGGCAGCGGCCGGUGGCUACAUGCAGGGGCCCUCUGGACAUCCCAGUAUGCUGGGUCAUCAAGCCUCAGGGCCGCCUCUCAGCCACCCACGGACACCAGGGGCCCAGGGCCCUGCUGCUGUGUUGAACUACAACAACACAAAACCUCUGUCACAUUUUGAGGCAGGUGGACCGGGGCCUGGACCACCACGACCCCCCAACACUCAGAGCCAAAGGGCAGCUUUGCUAUCGCUGCUCAGACAGCAGCAGAUCAAGCAGAACAACAGCAUCAGCUUCCGUCCACACAUACCACACACACAGGAUCAGAACUACUCUGGCACUGCCUGUGGCCUGAACUCCACCAACGCCAUGCCAGCCCAGCCAGGGCCAAACACAGUGGCUGGUAGUCACGGUAACUCGGCGUACCUGAACAGCCAGACGGCGGCAGCAGCCAUCAAACAGCAGCAACAGCAUCUUCAGAUCCUGGAGCAGCAGAAACAGCAGCAGUACAUGAUCGGACAGAGACAGCAGCUGAUGGCUGAACAGGAAAAGCAGCGGCAGCAGGACCAGCAGCUGCAGAGACACCUGACCCGCCCUCCACCACAAUAUCAGGACCAAUCAGGACAACAGGCCAAUCAGAGCCCAUUCCCACAGCCACAAGUCACCCAGUUCACUGCUUCUUCUCAGCCAAUGGGUGGCGUGAACUCAGUGGGAGGCCCCGCCCCUGGGUCACAGCGUAUGUUCCCACAGAACCAGGGCUUGAUGGGAAUCAGUAUGGGUCAGACUGCUGGACCGGCAGGUGGAAUAGUUCCGCCCACAACCGUGAGUCAGGCUGAUCUGAGCAUGCCAUCCUGUGGCAGUGGAAGCGGUGGAGCGUCUGUGGACGUCCAGCAGGUGCUUUACAACAACAUGAACCUUCAUGGGAGCCACCCGGCUCACCCGCCACAGCAAGCCGGCCUUCAGCGCCUGCCGCUGGGCCCCAUGAGCGCCCCCUACAGACAAAACCUGUUGGCUCAACAGCAGCACCUGAAGCCGCAGCCCAAUACCACCCUCUUGAAGCAACAGCAGCUGACUGCCACCACCCGGAUGCCAGCCUCAAUGCCCGGCAGUAUGGGUGCCAACCUGUCCGGCUCCAUUCAGGGCUCUCAGAGCAGCACGUGGGCGCAGUCAGUGAGUAACCAACCCCCUUCCAGUAAUACCGGCUUGCCCCCCAAUGCCUUCAACAACCCUCCCAACCCUUUCCACAUACAGCAGCCACGCAUUCCAAAAAUGCAGGCUGGCACCACGCCAUUUGGUGCCAGCUCCGGAGGUCAUCCUCUGGGGGGCAUGAACCCCAGGCAGCAGAUGAUGCAGGCAAACAUGGCUGCUGUCCAGCAGAGGGCGCCUCUCAACCCUCAAAGCCUUGGCCAGCAACAGACUCAGAAGCAGCAGGCCAGUCAGAAUCAGUCAAUUCUUCCAGACCUGGCAACGUUCGGGCAGCCCCAGGGCAAUGGUCGCCAGGGACUGCAGUGCAACCAGGGCUACCAGGUCAGUCGGACUGCUGGUCAGCAGCAGCAGGUAUCGUUCGGCUACAACGCAGCUUCAGGGAGUUUUGCUGGAGAGAGUGAGCUGGUGGAUUCACUGCUGAAGGGUCAGAGCACACAGGAGUGGAUGGACGACCUGGACGAACUCUUGGCAAGCCACCGCUAGGCAGCUGGACCCAACAGAACCCGGAUCACCUGAACCUUACUGAGCUGAGAGGCUGCUGUACCUGCAUGCUGACCACGAAGAUUCAAAGAGAACUGACCACGAAACAUCAGCUUCACCUGCAGGUAACUGCCCAGGUGCUGGUGCUCGCUUCCUGGUCGUUCUUCAGAUACCGAUGAUGAAACGUUUGGUAUC